AUGCAGCAGUCGAUGUUGACGGCAACAGGGCUGCCGUGCCCAAGGCGUGUGGCGCUGGCGCCCGUUUUUGGAGUCCGUGGUUCAGCAAGGAAGGCUUUUGGGGGCAGGAAAUUUGUGGUCAAGGCGGUUCAGCAGAGACACCAGAACGAACGCAAGCAUGAUGUGCACGCCAAAGAGCAUGCAGCCAAGGCCAUUGCUGCGGCAUCAUUGCUGGCUGCCUUUCCAGCGAAUGCUGACACCGCAGAGAUCUCAGCCAGGGGCCCAGACCUUGUGGACUCCACUGUCGGCACCCUCAUCGACGUUGUGAAGGCCGCUGGGAGUGCUGCGAAGACGGGCUUGGACUAUGUGGGUGUGGGGCUGUCAUAUGCAAAGAACGUCUACAACCAAGCCGCUCCAGUGGUCAAGGACGUCACAGACACCGCAGCACCCUAUGUCAAGAAGGGCAUUGAGACCGCCAACGAGGUGGCUGCGCCCGUCGUCAGGGCUGCAGAGCCUGUUGUGAAGGCUGGUGUGGGAGAGGUGGAGAACUUCCUGGCAAAGCAGGGCCUGAACGCCAGCGUGAUUGUGGAUGGGGCGAGGAAAGCAACAGACUCGGCUUCAGAUGCGCUGACCAGCGCCAAGCCCACACUGGACAGCACAGUCACCACGCUGUCCAGCACCAGCCCUGUGGUCAUUGGGGAGUAUGUCCUGGGCCUGCUCGCCCUUUACUACCUGGGUCCCGGCAUUGUGAAGGGCAUCUUUGGCUCCUUCCGCGGGUAUGCCGGGAACAUCAGUGCCGCAGGCGCUCUGGAUGCCAUCAGCAACGAUGGCAACACCCUCCUCAUUGACAUCAGGACUGACAGGGAGAAGGAGUCGUCUGGAGUGCCGGAUGUGCCCAACUCAGGGCGUGUGGUGGAGCUGGAGUAUGCCUCCAUCAGCGACAGGAAGAUCAGGGGCCAGCUGCGCAACCCCAGCGAGAUUGAGAAGACGGUGACGGUGCUGUCUAUUGCGGCGUUGAAGAAGGUGAGCAAGGGCACAAAGAUCCUGCUGCUCGACCGGAACGGCGGCCAGUCCAAGGCAGUGGCCAAGGAGCUCGCCAAGAAGGGCUUCAAGAAGGUCUCGUCAGUUGAGGUGUUGUCUCCCAUUUUUGGCACACAGCGCAGCUCCACACAGAGGGGCACAUCGCAGCGGGGCACGAAGCAGGUACUGAUGAGGCCAGGAAAGUUCUCUCUGCGCACUUUCGUGCUGGGCUCCUUGAAGCUGAAGCCAGCCAUGCAUCCUCACAUUGCCAGCAAUGUCCAGCAUCAAGGAGCCUUGGCAAUGUUUGCUCUGAGGUUUGCUGCAGGCAAUACUGACCUGACUGGCACAAGCAAAAUUAUUCAUGUAGUCUCUCACACAUUCAAAUACAGUGAGGACCUCAAGACUGCACUCGAGGUGGAAGAUGUGUCUGAAACCAUCCUGCUUGGCAGCUGCCAUGUCCUGACAUGUGAUGAUGCUGAGACCUUUGGAGACGAGAUCUUCCUGACUGCUCUCUGCCAGGCCCUCGUUGCAGACAGCAUUCCCAUGCACACAGCUCCUGCUCUGGGUAAGACCUUUGGCAGAGGCUUCCAUGGCAUGGCCAGCGACCGUGCACAGAAUGCAAGCAGGAAUGGAGGGCAUGCAGCCAGCGCAGAGCACCCACCAGCACCAAUUGCAGCAGAAAUGGAACAGCCGCAGAGCGCAGAGAAUGACAGGCAGGCGUUCAGCGGCGGUGUGGCAAAGCCCCGGCCACAACUGCAGAUUGGCGUGUCACCAGCGCAGCAGCGCGCAGAAGCAGUUGAGCGCAAGACCAAAAGGUCUCAGACGCCUGCAGCUGCCACAGGCCGCCUCAACCUCAAGCGCACGCGGCGUCACUAG